AUGUGGUCUGAAACACCGAUGGUUUCCUCCAUGACGAUUGCCGGUGAAACCUGCGAUUCGAGCGGCUUUUGUCUUCGAAGCAACAGAAUAAGGCAACUGUCCCAUUCCUUCAAAAUGAUCAAACCCUCUAUCCUCGGGGCACUGGCCCUGCUCAGCUGCGCCCUCCCCAGCAACGCCACACAGAUCUUCCGCAACACCGGCACCCUGGCGGGCUGGGACUCGGUCAACCACGAACACUCCGGUACUGUACAGCAGGUCAGCAACGUCGUGUACGAGGGCUCCACCGCUCUCAAGAUGACCCAGGUCUACGACGCGAGCUACACAGGCCGCUACCACUCCGAGGUCGUCAAGAACAACGUGUACAAGCGCGGCGACACGGGGUUCUACGGCUUCGCGUUCCGCCUACAGGAGGACUGGCAGUUCUCCCCAGCGCAGUCGUACAACAUCGCGCAGUUCAUCGCGGAUUUCUCCAACACGGGCUGCGACGACUACAUGCCCUCGAGCAUGGUGUGGCUGGUCGGAAACCAGCUCUACUCGCGCGUCAAGCAGGGGAGCGUCUGCGCGCAGAAGACCAAGACGUUUAGUAACCUUGCCACGGUUACCGCGGGCGUGUGGCACAAGGUGAUUAUCCAGGCGAGUUGGAAGUCGGAUGGCACGGGAUUCUAUAAGAUGUGGUUUGAUGGGGUCAAGGUGCUGGAUCAACAUGAUAUCGCGACGACGGUGGAUGACAACCGCCCGUUCCAGUUCCGGGUUGGGCUGUAUGCGAAUGGAUGGCAUGAUGACAAGGGCAUGAAGGGGACGCAGGGGACAAGACAAAUCUGGUAUGAUGAGAUAGCAGCAGGGACGACUUUUGCCGAUGCGGAUCCCGCGCAGUGGUAG